AUGAAGGCCGCAACACCCGGAACGCGCCUAUCGCUAUACUUCGUCAUUGUGGCCACACUUCUCAUUGUCGGUAUUGCUGCAGCCAACGACUGGUCCAAGCCUUGCUUCAAUGGCGAACGCAUGUACGACUUGCUAAAGCAUAGUAAUUCUGGCUUGGGUGUUCUCAAGAUCGCUGGCUCCCCGAAGUCCAUCGCACUAGCGCCGCCUUUUGAGGCGGUCAAAAACCUUCCCGGUUUGUUGGAAAACGCUGCCCACUUCGAAUUCAAUCCCAAAGUCGAGAUUGCGCCUGUCUCGUUCAAUGGGACUGCGACCUUGGUCGACUACAAUCCGAAAGGUUGCUCAGGAAGCGGGGGUCCUGGGGGUGUCAUCGCAGGAGAGCUCCAGGCGGACAUUGCUGGUACUGGCGGGGGGAAUGCCAGAGCGGGAGACAUCAUCGACGGCUCGAUAGUACCACCAAAUAUCAAAGAUGUCGCUGCGUUUGCUGGACUCUCGUUCGAUGUCGACGCUCAGGUGACUAUCAAGGGUGCAGUGUUCUUUAUCAAACCCGUGGGGCUUCCUGGUUUCUCCAUCCCCGGCAUUCCUAUUGGCUCAAUGGUCGAACUCCAAGGGCAAGCAAAGGCGGCUUUGGAUAUGAAAAUUGAUUCCGUCGUGCAUCUUGCAUACAAGGUUGAGGACCUCGAGCUUUGGUACCCUGCCUCUCGAAAGAAUGCCACGGAGAAGGGCAUCAGAACCAAGGAGUCUCCUCUCAAACUCAAGGCUAGUGCUAAAGACGAAGCGAAAGGGUACAUCGAAGGACAUCUCAUCCCCGUUCUCAAACUUGGUUUCGAUGGGUUUGGUACAGGAGUUUCUGUGCAUCUCGAGGCUGACGCCUUCGCUCGCGUCAGUCUUGAGGUCGAAGCUCAUGCUACCGCGAAAUCAUGCUACCGCGAAAGUACCGCGCCUGCUGACCCUGUGCACCCAGAGAAAGGGAAGAGAGAGGUCUAUACCCCGCCCUACGGCCGCCGGGCCUGCAAUGAGCUCGCCCUCCGGGACACCGACGUCGAUGUUCACGGGAGCGCCAAGGGUGGGCUCAGUGGUUGUGUUUGGGCCUGCUUCACUGCGGGCACGAAAUCCGCCAGUCACCGCGCACUCGAAAUUGGACCCAUCGACCCUCAAAGGGAGAUUGAAAGCGCAUCAAUUGAAAUGUGA